AUGCUCCAUCCUUUGAUCAAGAGACAUAGUCUCCAGUUCAUAAGGACAUUCCAUUCCACCAAUGUCAAAUUCAGUGCUCAAAGUAUUAUAAAAAGAAAAUCUUUAAACGAUAUACGUCAAUUAUAUAAUUCAAAUACUAAAAUUUCAGUUUUAACAGCUCAUGAUUAUAUAUCUGGUAAAAUUGCAAAUGAUUCUGAUGUGGAUAUGAUUCUUGUUGGUGAUUCUUUGGCAAUGGUUGCCCUUGGUUAUGAAGAUACUAAUGAAAUCCCAUUUGAUGAAUUCCUAUAUCAUUGUCGUGCUGUUUCAAGAGGUACUACAAAAAGUUUCCUUAUAGCAGAUUUACCAUUUGGUUCUUAUGAAUCUUCUAUUUCAAAAGCUAUAGAAUCUUCUGUUCAAUUAAUCUCCAAGGGAAGAGCAAAUGCUAUUAAAUUAGAAGGUGGUAAAGAAAUUGCUCCAACUAUUAAAAGUUUAACUCAAGUUGGUAUACCUGUUAUGGCACAUAUUGGGUUAACUCCACAAAGAUCAAAUUCUUUAGGUGGGUUCAAAGUCCAAGGAAACACUGGAGAUUCUGCUUUUGAUAUUUAUCAAGAUGCCCUUGAAGUACAGAAAGCUGGUGCUUUUGCAGUGGUAUUAGAAGCUAUUCCUGCAAAAAUUGGGAAAUUUAUUACAGAAAAUUUAAGCAUACCAACAAUUGGUAUUGGUGCAGGACCUGAUACAAGUGGUCAAGUACUUGUUCAAGCUGAUUUAUUAAACCUAACAAAUAGUGAAAUAAAUCCAAAAUUUGUUAAAAAAUAUCUAAAUGGUUAUAAAUUAAGUAUUGAUGCUAUUGGUGAAUAUAUUAAUGAUGUUAAAUCCCAGAAAUUUCCUGAAUUAGGUAUUCAUACUUAUAAAAUUAAAGAUGAUCAUUAUGAAAAUUUUAUUAAAAAAGUUGAUGAAUUAAAGAAUAAAAAAUAG